GAAGCAGCAGCAGCAGAAAAUGCAGCAGCUGCUGAGGAGCCAGUCGCACUGAAGGAAGCUGCAGCAGAAGAAGCAAAGGAAGUGGCAGCAGCUGCUGAGGAGCCAGCAGAACCAAAGGAAGAGGCAGCAGCAACAGAAGAAGCUGCAGCAGCUGCUGAGGAGCCAGUCACACCGAAGGAAGCUGCAGCAGAAGAACCAAAGUCAGUGGCAGCAGCUGCUGAGGAGCCAGCAGCUCCAAAGGAAGAGGCAGCAAAAGCAGAAGUUGCAGCAGCUGCAGAGGAACCAGUCUCACCGAAGGAAGCUGCAGCAGCUGCUGAGGAGCCAGCAGAACCAAGGGAACAGGAAGCAGCAACAGCAGAAAAUGAAGCAGCUGCUGAGGAGCCAGUCGCACUGAAGGAAGCUGCAGCAGAAGAACCAAAGUCAGUGGUAGCAGCUGCUGAAGAGCCAGCAGCUCCAAAGGAAGAGGCAGCAGCAAGAGAAGAAGCUGCAGCAGCUGCUGAGGAUCCAGGCGCACCGAAGGAAGCUGCAGCAGAAGAACCAAAGUCAGUGGUAGCAGCUGCUGAGGAGCCAGCAGCUCCAAAAGAAGAGGCAGCAAAAGCAGAAGUUGCAGCAGCUGCAGAGGAACCAGUCGCACUGAAGGAAGCUGCAGCAGAAGAACCAAAGCAAGCGGCAGUGGCUGCUGAGGAGCCAGCAGAACCAAAGGAACAGGAAGCAGCAACAGCAGAAGCUGAAGCAGCUGCUGAGGAGCCAGUCACACCGAAGGAAGCUGCAGCAGAAGAACCAAAGGAAGUGGCAGCAGCUGCUGAGGAGCCAGCAGAACCAAAGGAACAGGAAGCAGCAACAGCAGAAGCUGCAGCAGCUGCUGAGGAGCCAGUCACACCGAAGGAAGCUGCAGCAGAAGAACCAAAGGAAGUGGCAGCAGCUGCUGAGGAGCCAGCAGCCCCAAAGGAAGAGGCAGCAGCAACAGAAGAAGCUGCAGCAGCUGCUGAGGAGCCAGGCGCACUGAAGGAAGCUGCAGCAGAAGAGCCAAAGUCAGUGGUAGCAGCUGCUGAGGAGCCAGCAGCUCCAAAAGAAGAGGCAGCAAAAGCAGAAGUCGCAGCAGCUGCAGAGGAACCAGUCGCACCGAAGGAAGCUGCAGCAGAAGAACCAAAGCAAGCGGCAGUGGCUGCUGAGGAGCCAGCAGAACCAAGGGGGCAGGAAGCAGCAACAGCAGAAGCUGCAGCAGCUGCUGAGGAGCCAGUCACACCGAAGGAAGCUGCAGCAGAAGAACCAAAGGAAGUGGCAGCAGCUGCUGAGGAGCCAGCAGCCCCAAAGGAAGAGGCAGCAGCAACAGAAGAAGCUGCAGCAGCUGCUGAGGAGCCAGGCGCACCGAAGGAAGCUGCAGCAGAAGAACCAAAGUCAGUGGCAGCAGCUGCUGAGGAGCCAGCAGCUCCAAAGGAAGAGGCAGCAAAAGCAGAAGUUGCAGCAGCUGCAGAGGAUGCAGUCGCACGGAAGGAAGCUGCAGCAGAAGAACCAAAGUCAGUGGCAGCAGCUGCUGAGGAGCCAGCAGCUCCAAAGGAAGAGGCAGCAAAAGCAGAAGUUGCAGCAGCUGCAGAGGAUCCAGUCGCACGGAAGGAAGCUGCAGCAGAAGAACAAAAGCAAGCGGCAGUGACUGCUGAGGAGCCAGCAGAACCAAAGGAACAGGAAGCAGCAACAGCAGAAGCUGCAGCAGCUGCUGAGGAGCCAGUCACACCGAAGGAAGCUGCAGCAGAAGAACCAAAGGAAGUGGCAGCAGCUGCUGAGGAGCCAGCAGCACCAAAGGAACAGGCAGCAGCAACAGAAGUUGCAGCAGCUGCACAGGAACUAGUCGCACCGAAGGAAGCUGCAGCAGAAGAACCAAAGCAAGCGGCAGCAGCUGCUGAGGAGCCAGCAGAACCAAGGGAACAGGAAGCAGCGACAGCAGAAGCUGCAGCUGCUGAGGAACCAGUCGCACCAAAGGAAGCUGCAGCAGAAGAAGCAAAGGAAGUGGCAGCAGCUGCUGCGGAGCCAGCAGCUCCAAAGGAAGAGGAAGCAGAAGAAACUGCAGCAGCUGCUGAGGAGCCAGUCGCACCGAAGGAAGCUGCAGCAGAAGAACCAAAGUCAGUGGCAGCAGCUGCUGAGGAGCCAGCAGCUCCAAAGGCAGAGGCAGCAGAAGUAGAAGUUGCAGCAGCUGCAGAGGAACUAGUCGCACCCAAGGAAGCCGCAGCAGAAGAAGCAAAGCAAGCGGCAGUGGCUGCUGAGGAGCCAGCAGAACCAAGGGAACAGGAAGCAGCAACAGCAGAAGCUGCAGCUGCUGAGGAACCAGUAGCACCGAAGGAAGCUGCAGCAGAAGAAGCAAGGGAAGUGGCACCAGCUGCUGAGGAGCCAGCAGCUCCAAAGGAAGAGGCAGCAGCAACAGAAGAAGCUGCAGCAGCUGCUGAGGAACCAGUAGCACCGAAGGAAGCUGCAGCAGAAGAACCAAAGUCAGUGGCAGCAGCUGCUGAGGAGCCAGCAGCUCCAAAGGAAGAGGCAGCAGAAGCAGAAGUUGCAGCAGCUGCAGAGGAUGCAGUCGCACCGAAGGAAGCUGCAGCAGUUGCUGAGGAGCCAGCAGAACCAAAGGAACAGGAAGCAGCAGCAGCAGAAGCUGCAGCAGCUGCUGAGGACCCAGUUGCACCGAAGGAAGCUGCAGCAGCUGCUGAGGAGCCAGCAGAACCAAAGGAACAGGAAGCAGCAACAGCAGAAGCUGCAGCAGCUGCUGAGGAGCCAGUCGCACCAAAGGAAGCUGCAGCAGAAGAAGCAAAGGAAGUGGCAGCAGCUGCUGAGGAGCCAGCAGCAACAGAAGAAGCUGCAGCAGCUGCUGAGGAGCCAGGCGCACCGAAGGAAGAGGCAGCAGCAGAAGAACCAAAGUCAGUGGCAGCAGCUGCUGCGGAGCCAGCAGCUCCAAAGAAAGAGGCAGCAGAAGCAGAAGUUGCAGCAGCUGCAGAGGAGCCAGUUGCACCGAAGGAAGCUGCAGCAGCUGCUGAGGAGCCAGCAGAACCAAAGGAACAGGAAGCAGCAACAGCAGAAGCUGCAGCAGCUGCUGAGGAGCCAGUCGCACUGAAGGAAGCUGCAGCAGAAGAAGCAAAGGAAGUGGCAGCAGCUGCUGAGGAGCCAGCAGCUCCAAAGGAAGAGGCAGCAGCAACAGAAGAAGCUGCAGCAGCUGCUGAGGAGCCAGGCGCACCGAAGGAAGCUGCAGCAGAAGAACCAAAGUCAGUGGCAGCAGCUGCUGAGGAGCCAGCAGCUCCAAAGGAAGAGGCAGCAGAAGCAGAAGCUGCAGCAGCUGCUGAGGAGCCAGUCACACCGAAGGAAGCUGCAGCAGAAGAACCAAAGGAAGUGGCAGCAGCUGCUGAGGAGCCAGCAGCCCCAAAGGAACAGGAAGCGGCAACAGCAGAAGCUGCAGCUGCUGAGGAACCAGUCGCACCGAAGGAAGCUGCAGCAGAAGAACCAAAGGAAGUGGCAGCAGCUGCUGAGGAGCCAGCAGAACCAAAGGAAGAGGCAGCAGCAACAGAAGAAGCUGCAGCAGCUGCUGAGGAACCAGUAGCACUGAAGGAAGCUGCAGCAGAAGAACCAAAGUCAGUGGCAGCAGCUGCUGAGGAGCCAGCAGCUCCAAAGGAAGAGGCAGCAGAAGCAGAAGUUGCAGCAGCUGCUGAGGAGCCAGUCGCACUGAAGGAAGCUGCAGCAGAAGAACCAAAGUCAGUGGUAGCAGCUGCUGAGGAGCCAGCAGCUCCAAAGGAAGAGGCAGCAGCAACAGAAGAAGCUGCAGCAGCUGCUGAGGAUCCAGGCGCACCGAAGGAAGCUGCAGCAGAAGAACCAAAGCAAGCGGCAGCGGCUGCUGAGGAGCCAGCAGCUGCUGAGGAGCCAGUCGCACCGAAGGAAGCUGCAGCAGAGCAAACUGCACAGAAUGAGGAAGCACCAGCAACAGCGGCAACUGCGGAAGGCAGAGCAAUUGUCAACCAAGUUGAGGAGGAAAAUGCAGCAGAGCAAACUGCACAGAUUGAACCAGCAAUUGCGACAACUGAGGAAAGUACGGCAGGUAAGCAGGAUGAGGAGGAAACGGCAGUGGAGCAAACUGUGCAGAUUGAGGAAGCGUUGGCAACACCGGCGACGCCGGCAACUGAGGAAACCAGUGCAGUUCUGAACGAUGGCGAAGAAGAAAGCCUGGCGCAGUUUUCCGGGGUUGAAGCGAGUCUAGUUGCAGGGCAAGGAAUGAAUGAGGCAGCAGUUGAGUCAAAGGAAGGCACUGAAAGUCUGGCAAGGACAGAGGCACACGCUGCUGCGACAGCACCGUUGUGCUUGCUUGGACGUUCCGGUGUCAGAGUGCCAGGUGGCAAAGCUGAGGAUGAAUUCCACGUGGAGCUGCUGAAGGGAUCAAGAGGAUUGGGGCUUACAGUUUGCCCAGUUCACAAACAUGAGUUGGCUGUGGUGGAUGUGGAUCCAGAGGGAGCAGUGGGUGGAUACAACGCGACAGAAUUGGCGAAUGACUCUGCCAAGCUCAUUUUACCAAGGAUGCUGAUCACUGAAGUGAAUGGCAUCAGAGGUGAUGCCUCUCGAAUGGUAGAGGCGCUAUCAAGGAGCAGCAAACUUGAAGUGUGGGUGCGUCCCACAGUAAGGCAAAUGCAACUUCAAGAUGACAGUACGCUCAGAAAGGACAUUGCCUCGAUUGUUGGAGCAGUGAAUGCCGUGAGGCAUGUUCGCUCUGCCAGGCUCCAGGCUUCAGUUGAGGUCAGCUAGCGGUCCCAAAGGUGGAUCAACAAUCUGCUCCAUGCGAACGGAAUGUCAUGAAAAGUCAUGAAAAGUCUAUUUUCAUCACAUGACGGGCCCGGAACGUUCAAAACGGGACCAAAGAUAGUCCUUGAGACAUCGCUUGAAGCGAGUCUUAGCCAACGUUUCAUGCCCGUCAGUAAAAGGCGCUUGCCCUCUCUCAGCA